AUGGCCGCCUCCAGCUUCUCUUCUCUUGACCAAACCCAGUCUCCAGUUCUUGAUCAAACUGGGCCUUGUCCAUUACCCAGCUUGAGACAGUUCGAUGCAACAAUAAUAAAUUGGUCUCAAUCCGAAAGGUUGUCGACUAUCAACCAGCUUCUCUCCCCGUUGCCGAACGCUUUCCUUGAUAAGAUUGUUUCUCAGCACCAGAGCUCCGGUGACUAUAGUAGCGACUGUGCUGGUGCUGGGGAUAAUGAUCUUAAAAAUGGAGCUAAUGCCAAUAUCAAAAGUCUUGGAGACACCCCUUUCAAGCGUAAGGCUGAAGAACAUGGUGGAAACAACAAUAAGGCCAACAAAGUGACUUCAUCCUCUCAGCCUGUAUCGACCCGCCCUCAAACACCGGAGCAACUGCAAAACUUACCCGCAACACGCCAAAGGAAAGACGGAUUUCACCAGAUUCUCGCUGAAAUGUUUCAGACUCUCCCUUCGCUAUCUGAGAUGGACAUGGAGGAUGAAGCAAGCAAGUUCAACUGGUUACUGUGCGAUACAGAGGAGGAUUUAUUGGAGAUACGUAGUGGAUGUGGCGUCUCGACUAAAUUGCUCCACAUGAUAAGCCAGACCACAUACUGUGCGGCCCGCAUGAAGCAGGAACCCAAGAGCCUCAUUGUCCCAAUCACCGCGGAAUUUUUGGAUCGGGGAUUUUCUGAGCUUCCACAAUGGACAAAUUCAGUGGGAGAUCUGCGAGCUAUUAUGGUCACCAACCAAAAUCCAGUGAUAAGUAGCCGUGCAACUGAGGCUUGGAGGAUUGCGGCGACUGUCUACCUUCAAUGCCGUCUUUUGAGGCUACCACGAAAUCACCCCUCUGUUAUUGCCAACCUUGAGAACCUCGUGCCCCCUUUACCGGCCUUUUUACUUGGCAUGCUUGCCACCACCUCUGACCACAAGAGUGUAUUAGAUGACUGGUUGGCGCACAUUCCACUGAUGACAGAUAAAAGUAGCAUUCGGUGGAUAUGGAAGAGGAUCGCCAAUCAGGUGGAGGUCCCACCUGAACCUAUGAACAUCGACAAAUCCAUCCACAAAAGGUUUGCCUGGUGGGAAAAACUCGUGGCAAGUAUCGCCAAGGGCAAAAGGCAGGAGACAUGUCUAGGACUCAUGGUUAAACUUUCAAUCUCGCGUAGCUAUAGGCCCUAUGAGAUCCGUUCUCCCGGGCGUAAUGAACACUACUACUACUACUACUACUACUACUACUACUACUACUACUACUACUACUACUACUACUACUACUACUACUACUACUACUACUACUACUACUACUACUACUACUACUACUACUACUACUACUACUACUACUACUACUACUACUACUACUACUACUAA